AUCAGUAAGUAUUCUAACUGUGUCUGCAGAAAUAGGGAUAUUUUUGAAGGGGAGAUAAACAAGGAUCUGAGAUCUCAAAGAUAAAUAAGAAUUUCUCAGAGCGGGGAUGGGUGUUUCAGAUAGAGAAGGGUAUGUGUACAGUCACAGAGUUAGAGAAUAUUGCGACAUGCUUAGAAAAAUGAAAAUAAUGUUCCAUGACUGGAUUGUUGUAUAAAAGUUGAAAGGAAAUACAUUUUGAUGCAAUGUAAGGGGUUGUUGUAUGUGUUCUACAAAACUGGAUGCCCUUGUGGUCAGACGUCUGCAUAGACAUUUCCUUCUAGAAUCAAGUGGAGAUUAGAUUGCUGAGGGUUAAGACUGGCGGCAUAAAGACCAGAUAAGAGGCUGUUGAAAUAGUUAAAUCAAGAAAUAGCAAGGACCAGGUAUAAGGGACUGGGGGAAAGCAGUAGAAACAGGAGAGGAGAAAGAGUACAGAUAUGACAAAUUUCUGACAUAGGUGAUUACAUGAAAACUUAUGCCAUUAAUUUUGAUAGAAGAAAAACAGACUUAGGAAAUAUUUUUCUGGACAUAUUGUGUUUGAGAGACCCAGGUGACAUUCAAGGAAUUAUGUCUGUUCCUUGCUAUCACCAUUAUGGGCCACUUCAACAACAUAGUUCAUCCUUUAUAGCGAAUUUAGCACUUGUGGCAGUGAUAUAGCAAGUAAAAUGAUAUGUAGUUGUCCACCGGCUCUAAUGGAACAGUAAUAAGAGGCACCUCAUCAAACCUGAGAUGGGGAGAGGAAAGAAAGAAGGAUAACUAAAGCUUUCCAUGAAGAAAUGCCACGAGCCAAGACUAGAAGGCUAAGUAGGAGUUAGCCAUGCCCAGGGAGGUUAUGGCAUGAGCAAAGCUACGGAGGCGAUGCACAUGCUGUGUGCCGAGAGCUUCAGGGUGUAAAAUACAAUGUAGGCUUCGUGGGAGAUGAGGUUUUAGUGAUAGCAGUGGCAGAUCAUGAAGUACCUGUAUGCCUCAUUAAGGAGCUUGAACAUUAUUGCAGAACUAUGAAGGAUUUUAAUUACCCAUUGCCAUCGAGACAAUUCUGACUCACACCCUAUAGAACUGUCGCAUAGGAUUUCCAAGGCUGUAAUCUUUAUGGAAGCAGACUGCCAUAUCUUUCUUCCUCAGAAUGGGCAGCAGGUUGAACCACUGACCUUUCAGUUAGCAGCAAAGCUCUUAACCAUUGCGCCACCAGGCAUCCUUUUUGGGUUUUAAGUACGUGAGUAAAAUAAUCAGAUUUGGGCUUUGGAGAAGAGAGUAUGUGCAGAAAGACCAGUUAGGAAUCCAAGUGUGAGAGGCUAAUUUUUUUUUUUUUUUUAAUGUACAGAUUAUCAAAAAUAAAGGUAGAGAAGAGAACAAAAAUUAAAGGAUUAAAAAGGAACAUCUAUGGCCAGGAAGGUCAAAUGCACAAUGGAUAACAUGUGAGGCAAGGACUGAAGAAAAAAGAUCAAGGCUAAAAGCCAUGAAUAAUAAGUGUAGGUUCGAGGUUCCCAUUUAUGUGGGUGAGUAUAUAGUAUAGGGAUAGGCCUGUCACCUUAAACUUUCACGGAUGAGGAGAUGAAGAUGUGUUCCUACAACUAAAUUAUGAGCUCCCUGAAGACUGAGCACAUUUUUUUUUGUUGUUGAUACAUGCUUCCCCAAGAGCCAGCACAGACUCCUAUCCUGUGACCAAUACAAAGCCAUUUAUUUGUGUCCACUUUUGUCUUAGCUCAUUUCCAGUUUAAAAAGAGAAAACUGACUUCAGCUCUAUACUGACUAUACACAUUGCAUUCUAAUGACAUAUCUCUGACCAAGAGAAACACUGGGCUCUUUCUGCUGCCUUCUGACGACACUCUGCAUUCUCAUCUUCUGAGGAGCAGUGGACAAGCCCAACACCAUGAAAUGGAGGAACCAGAGUGCGAGGGUGAGUGAGUUUGUAUUGGUGGGCUUCCCAGCUCCUAUGCCACUGCGGGCACUAUUGUUUUCUCUUUCUUUAGUGGCCUAUAUAUUGGUGCUGACUGAAAACACACUGAUCAUUAUGGCAAUUAGAAACCACCCCACCCUCCACAAACCCAUGUAUUUCUUCCUGGCUAAUAUGUCCUUCCUGGAGAUCUGGUAUGUCACCGUGACGAUUCCAAAAAUGCUUGCUGGAUUUGUUGGGUCUGAACAGUAUGGUGGACAGUUAAUCUCCUUUGAGGGAUGCAUGACACAACUCUACUUUUUCCUGGGCCUGGGCUGCACCGAGUGUGCACUUCUUGCCGUUAUGGCCUAUGAUCGCUAUGUGGCCAUCUGCCAUCCUCUCCACUACCCUGUCAUUGUCAGUGGCCUGCUGUGUGUGCAGAUGGCAUCUGGCUCCUGGGCUGGAGGUUUUGGCAUCUCUAUGGUCAAAGUUUUUCUAAUUUCUCGCCUCUCUUAUUGUGGCCCCAACAUCAUCAACCACUUUUUCUGUGAUGCCUCCCCAUUGCUCAACCUUUCAUGCACUGACAUGUCUGCGGCUGAGCUUACAGACUUUGUCUUGGCCAUUUUUAUCUUGCUGGGGCCUCUCUCUGUUAUUGGGGCCUCCUAUAUGGCUAUUGCUGGUGCUGUGAGGCGCAUCCCCUCAGCUACUGGACGCCACAAAGCCUUUUCUACCUGUGCCUCUCACCUCGCUGUUGUGAUCAUCUUCUAUGCAGCAAGUAUCUUCAUUUAUGCCCGACCGAAGGCACUCUCAACGUUUGACACUAACAAGCUGGUCUCUGCUCUCUAUGCUGUCAUUGUACCAUUGCUGAACCCCAUCAUAUACUCCUUGCGCAACCAAGAGGUCAAGCGAGCCCUACGCCGUACUCUGCCCCUAUACAAGGGCCAGGAUACUAACCCCAGGAAAGCUAGUAGAGAUACAUCAGAGGGAGUUGCUAAGCCUUAAAAUAUGCUCUUAAGCUUGGGAUCCAUGUCUACUAUGAAGUCCAGUGGAGCAUUUAGUAUCUAAGUUAAAGAGUAGAAUUUUGUAGGCACCACCACGGAACUGGGAGUAAGUCUUUGUAACUAGUCUAGGAGGAAGAAGAAGGAUGAAUUGCAAGGAGAAGCUGGAUUUCCACAGAACAGAGCUGUAAAAUAUAAGCUGGAGGUUAGUCAGAUGUUGUCUGCUCUAUUGUAAUUUAUAUAAAACAGACUCCAUGAAUCAUGCAUACUGGAGGAAUGGAAAGGAUUAGCCAUGAGCAGAAGAAAUGACUGAGCUUCGAUAUUUAGAUAAACAAACAAAUGCAGAACUAGCAUCUCCCUAAAUGAUUCUUUCUGGAUAUGCUCCUGGUUUUAGCCCUGAGGCAGAAGAAAUAAAAGAGAGACAGAAGGAGGAAACCAUUCAAGAAAGCAUGGGCUAUCUUAAGGAAAACUAUUAGAGGACUCUUGGAUGAGAUCCCUUCUAGGCAUAGGUCACUGGCUGCAGCCUAGGAGACCAGCAGGUGAUCAUUCCAACGUGUUCCAAGGCAAGGAGAUAGGAAAAUCAUAAGUUUUGUGUGGGCAAAUAUCCACUUUCUCGACUAUAGUAGUUUCUAGCUUCACUUCCUCAUUUUCCAAGGUCAGCGCUCACAUUGAACAGGAGUCACAGUGAACUAGGGGCUGAGCAAUUGUGUAUUUAGUUUCAUUGAACUAUAACCUCCAUAGAGACAGGGAACACAAUUGUUUGUUUUUAAUUUUUUCACCAUGGCCCAGAAGAGUAUCUAGCACAUGGAUAAUAUAAUCAAUAAAUAUAAUUUGAAGCCCUGUAGGCAAGGCAUGUGUGUCAUACCUGUAGAUAGGGUUGGCAGGUGCUGGAACUAGACUCCUUAUACAUGACUUGGAUAUGGAAAGGUACAAAUUUGCAAAACCUUGCUAGAAGAAAAUUUGGCAAAAUCUAAAAAUAUUAAAACCAUUUUGAUUUAGAAAGAUUUACGUAAAUAGAUAUUUAUAAUAACAAAAAAUUGAAAUAUGCUAAACUUCCAUGAGUAGCAUUAGUUAAAUAAUUUAUAGUUCAUACAUUAAAUGUAAUACUAUGCAAACAUUGAAGCAAAAUAAUCUAAAUAGAGUUAAUGACAAAAAUAUUCCUAAUACAUUAAAUGAAAAGAUUAGAUUAUGUAACAGUAUUAAAAUUAGUUUUCAUACGUAUUUAUUUAUACAGGACUCGAAGGAAUUAUCCUCAAAUAUUACCUGUAGCUAUGCAAUGGACCCCUUACUCUUAUUAAUUGUAUUUUGUGGCAAAAGCAUUGUGACCAAGAUAUUUAUUUAAAUGAAAACAUCUUAGCUGAUAAGACAUACAGCUUUAUUCAUCUAGACAGAGGGAUGGUUAGAGGGUAUGUCAGCAUUGAUUUUUAGAAACCCAGCUCUCUAGAAUCACCCGAGUUCCAGAACCCUGAUGACAGCAUCCUGCAUGGAGCUGCUCUCUCCAGAUUUUGGAGGCAACUGUUGUUACUGCCCAUCUUUUUAUAGUCAUCUGCUGCUUGAUAAAGUAUGUGAGAUGCUAACAGUAAUCAUAUUGAACAUUAUUUGCUAUUUCUCCUUACUAAAAAUUUUUAUAUAAUGUACAUUUCUAUUUGUGCCAAAAUAGUUACAUAACCUCAUAGGAAUUAUAACAAUUUAAAAAUGAUUGGAUAUAAAGCUUAUCAAAAGUCUGUCUCCCAGUUGUCCCCAAGGAAUAAGUUUCUGAAAUGAAGUUAGUGGUCUGGAGAGGAAAUGUCCUCCUCUAGGCAUCACUGUUGCAUGAACCUCCCUUAUUGAAUCACUCUUGUUAUAAGAAAUAAAAACAUGAUGUUGGUUUUC